GUUUAGGUUUGAACCAGCACGAGAGCCCUGGAGACCCUUCCAUAUGCAUUUGUGGCCUUUUUAGAGGUCAAUUAAACCAAAAAGGGUUAAUCCAAAUUAGACAAAACACAGAAAAUUCAAUAUUGCCGCUGGGCAUUUUGGGUACAAGUUUGGAAUCUACAAAACAAAUCAGUAUUGGCGGGCAGAAAAUAGAGAGAGAAGGAAAUCAAUAAAUCAUCUUCUUGAUUCACAUCUUUUCGUCUGGUGUAAGGAGGGCUUGGAAGAUUGCUUGCAAUUCCCAUCCUGCAAACCUGUUGCUGCUUUAAUGGCAUCAAAGCGUAAUGUAAAAUACUCUCCACUUGCCACUGAUGAGGAUGGAGGUGACAUUUACAGUUAUGACGGUCAUAUAAAGGGAAAACAGUAUGAUCCUCGGUUUGAUUACACGCCGAAAUAUCUAGACAAAGUUCCAUGGAAAUCAAUUCUUCUCGCACUGUUUCUCCUUUGCCUUGGUUCACUUCUUCUCUUUCUGUCAUUUUUCAUCCUCACUGGUCAUAUGGGAGGGGAGCAGUCUCAAGCAUAUGGUCUCCUUGCGCUUGGAAUUCUUACUUUCCUUCCAGGCUUCUAUGAGACUCGGAUUGCAUAUUAUUCGUGGAGAGGUGCUGCCGGCUAUCGUUUUGCAGCCAUCCCUGACUACUGAGUCUUAUUCUUCAAGAUUUGCACCUCUGGUUCAUGUUUCUACUCUGUCUAUUCUAGUCUGUAUGUUGAUGUUAUUAUGCAUGCCUGUUGUAUAGAGCACUAACCUUUAGGAGUGUACUUUAUGAUUGUAUUUUGUCACAUUAUGUGUAUUAAUGAAUAAAAUUAUGUGCUUUGUUAUAAAUAUGAUAUUUUUCCCCCCA